UGAUAAUUCCAGGGAUCCUGGGAGAUUUGAUGGACACACGAUUUCUCGGGAUCGUACAAUAAUGGCGAAAGUAGCUCCUCAGCUCACACAGUCACUACUCGCAAAUCCUCCGAUCCGCAGGCAAUCGCGCGUCAGAGUGCGUGCUACCAUGGCCACCACGAAGGCUGAUCAAUUCAAAGACCACCACCCUUCGUUGGAAGUCUUGGGCGGAGCUCGUGAUUCCUUCUGUCCGGUUAUCAAGACUCAUUUGGACCGUCCCUACAAUCCGUUUCCAGUCUUCGGUUCAAAUCGCCACCUGGAGACAAUAUUCGCAGCUUUCUUCCGAAAUAUACCCGAUGUGAGGUUGAAGCGCGAGUGCCUCAGGACCCAAGACGACGGAACCGUCGCUCUCGAUUGGGUCUCCGGCGAUGCCGGCAACUUGCCGGGGAACUCCCCUAUCCUACUCUUACUCCCUGGUUUGUCCGGAGGAAGCGAUGAUGCAUAUGUAAGGCAUAUGUUGGUGAGGGCAAGAAAUAAAGGGUGGCGCGUGGUGGUGUUCAACAGCCGUGGCUGUGCUGAUAGCCCUGUUACCACACCUCAGAUGUAUUCAGCUUCAUUUUUAGGAGAUCUUGAUGAAGUAGUGAAACAUGUUGGUAGCAGGUAUCCCAAAGCCAAUCUAUAUGGGGUUGGUUGGUCCAUGGGAGCCAACAUUCUUGUUCAAUAUUUGGGGAAGGAGCCUGGUUCUCGCCGAUUUUCUGGUGCAGCUUCUUUGUGUAAUCCUUUCGAUUUGGUUAUGUCUGAUGAGGACUUAUGCAAGGGGUUCAACCGAAUUUAUAAUAGAUCUCUUGGCAAGGCUUUGAGUGGCAUUCUAAAGAAGCAUCUUCUUCUGUUCGAAGACAUUGGAGGUGAGUACAAUAUCCCAUUGGCUGCCAAUGCCAAUAUUAUCCGGGAUUAUGAUGAAGGACUGACCCGAGUUUCGUUUGGUUUCAAGUCAGUCGAUGAGUACUUGCAGAACUCAUGCAGUGCAAAUUACAUUAAGCAUGUUAGCACGCCUUUACUUUGCAUACAGGCGAAAAAUGAUCCAAUUGCACCCGAUAGAGCAAUACCUCGUGAAGAUAUAAAGGCGAACCCGAAUUGUUUGCUGAUAGUUACGCCUAAAGGAGGGCAUUUAGGGUGGGUUGCAGGCGAGAAUGCUCCCACAGGAUGCCCGUGGACUGAUCCGAUGGUGAUGGAUUUCCUCCAACAUCUCGAAAAUGAAAAAUCGGGCACACCACAAGAUGCCACCAAUUUGCUGCAGUCAGUAGAAGUGUAGACUAUAUUCAUUUGUACUUGGUUGAUUUAACUGCCCAUUUUGGGUAGAUUAUGGGAAAACAAUGUGAUACAAUAGUUCCCAUUUGAUAUUUAACCAUUCUAGCAUCUCUUAAA